UGUACGGUAAUGUUAGGGCUUAAGCCAUAAGUUUGGGAGACAGUAGUUGUAUUUUUACUUACACUUUUUACAACUUAAAAUGAAUCGCACCUAAGAAUAUUAUGUUGAACCUGGAGGAACAGAACUAUGAGUUCAGGCUUAUCACCUUCUAACAAUGUGACUGUUCUUUUUGAGCUCAAAAUUACAAUUGUUUCAGCCAAACUACAUUCAUCAAGUCUAUUCAAGCCAAAUGCUUACGUGGAACUAGUUGUUGAUGAAGGAAUUCCAGUAAGAACUGAUAUUCAGAAAAACACGACUCAUCCAACUUGGAAUGAACAAUUUCCCGUGCUUGUGAAUCCAUAUUCAAAAUUGCAUAUUCGAGUGUUAAAUCACAACUCUUUGAUCAAGGAUAGCCUUCUGGGGGAUUGCUCACUAGAUUUUUACAAGGUUCUCUCUCAGCACAAUGGAAAAUUGGACAAGUUACCAAUGCCCAUGGAGCUUAAUGUUGCUGGAAAGGUUGGACGAAGUUCAAGUUUUGUAGUUACAAUUCUAGACGGAGUACAAAUAGAGAUGAUUCGGUAUCCUCCAAGGAACUUUUCAGAUAGUUCUAAUGCAAAUGCUCAACCAUCUGUAACGUUACAACUUAAUGGAAGCCUUCCUCAGAGUGGAGCUCAGUCAUCCAGCCCAUCCACCAGUGGAGGAAACAGUCAUUUAAGUCGGCAACAUUCUGGGCCUCGCAUCCGUCCCUGGAAACCGGUAGUUUUUAAUCCAGUCUAUACGGCAGCAAGAACCAAUUCUUCCAAUACAAGUUCAGACGGUACUUCUAGUACGUCAGACAACCUGAAUAGACAGUCGAGAGAUCCGAGACUACAGUCCUUACCUGCCUCUUUAACGAAUUUUAAUCUCUCAGGCCAGUCCAGUAGUGCAGAUGUAGAAGCUAUGGCUGUUCCUGGUCCUCAAGUUCCUACUGGUGUCACUAUUAGUAACACUGGGUUUCUACAGACACCUUACAGUGGACUACACUCAGGGACCGUAUAUAAUCCUUUAAGGUCUCUCCCUUCUGUCAGUAGUUCCCCUUUAUAUUCUAAUAUUGUUACUGUACCACCCAGUACCACAGCUGUGACAACUUUAAGUACGUCAAGAAGUGAAAGCUCUUCCCCCACUGCUCCAAACUCUCAACCCGACGGUCCGACUGGCCAGCAUGGUAACUGCGGUCAGGCAGCAGCAGCAGGAGUUGAAGGAGAACCUUUGCCAUCAGGCUGGGAAGUAAGGUUUGAUCAGUAUGGACGCAAAUAUUAUGUGGAUCAUAAUACACGAAGCACAACGUGGGAAAGACCCCAGCCUCUACCCACAGGGUGGGAGAUGCGGAGAGACCACAGAGGCCGAACGUAUUAUGUUGAUCACAACACCCGGACGACAACCUGGCAGAGACCUACCCUUGAAAGUGUGCGCAAUUAUGAGCAGUGGCAGUCCCAUCAAGCCCAAGCUAUGCAGCAGUGCCAGCAGAGAUUUCUCUACCAUACACCUGUGCAUGUUGAAGAUGAUGAUCCUCUUGGACCUUUACCUGAAGGUUGGGAAGUGUGUUUUGGAGUCAUUACCUUCUUGAAAUAUGAAAUUCUGUCCAAUCAGCUUCUUUCUGGAGGAUUAGAAGAUCCAUUACCUCCAGGCUGGGAGAUAAAAUACACACCAGGUGGCACCAGGUACUUUGUGGACCACAAUAUGAAGACCACUACAUUCCAAGAUCCCCGGUCUGCCAAAGGAGGCAAAGGACCUAAAGGAGCUUAUGGUGUGCCUGUAGCUUACGAGAGGAAUUUCAAAUGGAAACUCACGCAGUUCCGAUACCUUUGUCACUGCAAUGCUCUGUCGAGCCACAUAAAAAUAACAGUAUCAAGAAGCAAUAUAUUUGAAGAUUCGUUUAGUCAGAUUAUGAGAGUUCCACCGCACGAGCUCAGAAGACGACUCUUCAUAACGUUUCGUGGAGAAGAAGGUCUAGACUAUGGGGGUAUCGCCAGAGAAUGGUUUUUCCUUUUGUCUCAUGAGGUCCUCAACCCUAUGUAUUGUCUUUUUGAGUAUGCUGGUAAAAACAACUACAGCUUACAGAUCAAUCCUGCCUCUUCAGUUAACCCUGAUCAUCUGCUCUACUUUCGAUUUAUAGGUCGGUUCAUUGCAAUGGCCUUGUUCCAUGGAAAGUUCAUAUACACUGGAUUUACGUUACCUUUUUACAAACGCAUGUUGGGGAAAACGCUUACGAUGAAGGAUAUAGAAAGUGUUGACCCAGAGUUUUAUAACUCUUUGGUUUGGAUUAAAGAAAACGACAUAGAAGAAUGUGGACUGGAACUUUUCUACUGUGUUGACUUUGAGAUCCUUGGCCAGAUUCAGUCGCACGAGUUAAAACCAGGUGGUGCCGACAUCCGUGUAGAUGAAGUAAACAAAGAUGAAUACCUCAGAAUGAUGACUGAUUGGAGAUUUUCUCGAGGACAAGAAGAACAAACUAAAGCUUUUCUAGAUGGAUUCAAUGAAGUUCUACCUCUGGAAUGGUUGCACUAUUUUGAUGAACGUGAACUUGAGCUUAUGCUGUGUGGCAUGCAGGAAAUAGACAUAGAAGACUGGCACCGGAACACCAUAUAUCGCCACUAUACUCGCAAUAGCAAACAAGUGAUCUGGUUUUGGCAGUUUGUCAAGGAGAUGGACAAUGAGAAACGUUCCAGGCUGUUACAGUUUGUGACGGGAACAUGUCGAGUACCCGUUGGUGGGUUUGCUGAACUAAUGGGGAGUAGUGGACCUCAGAGGUUUUGUGUGGAAAAAGUUGGGAAAGAGACUUGGCUUCCACGCAGUCACACAUGUUUCAACAGACUGGACUUACCUCCUUACAAGACUUACGAACAACUGGUGGAAAAACUGACUUUUGCUAUUGAAGAAACAGAAGGGUUUGCUCAGGAAUAGAAAUAUAGUGUACACAGGAGAUGAGUUUAAGAAUAUACCAUUUUUUUGAAGGUCGGAAAGUAUUCGUUUCCAUACAAUGAGUGAAACUCAGAAAUUACCCGUGCGGCAUCAACUUGAGUGAAACAAUUUGACUUUCCAGGGAUACAGGUGUUUUUGUGACAUCAUUUAGAGAACUGCUAUCGUGAAGUAACUUUACAACAGCAAACAAGACUAGGUGAUUGAGAUCCUAUACAGCGUGAGCUCGGUGGGAAAAACUACUGUCUUCUACAUAUCUGUAAAAGUAACCAAGAAUAUUUUGUGUAGUUUAACCUCUAGAACACUUACUAAGCAGCAAAUUCAUGUUUCUCAUUUAUUUAUCUUUGAAUUUUUUUAAGUUAACCACCUGCCAUUUUCAGCAAACAACUUCAGUACAUGAUGUUUGAAAUUACCCUUGUGUUUCAUCAAGAACCAGCGCGAUAUCCGAAACGUCUUGGUCCGUCCUGGACAACUUCAGGGUAAAAGCAGAGAAGUUCAGUGCUGUGGAGAAGAAAGUUGAAACAGCCUGACUAGACUAAAUUGCCGUGAGGUACACUUGUAAAAAAAAAAAUAAGAUUUUUGUAAAUCAAACGAAAUAAAUCUGGAUGAAAGUGUAUAUAAAUGAUUUUAUGCAUGCCACUAACAACUUUCGUUUACUGUACAUUUAUUAGUGGUAGGAAGAGGGGAGAAAUUUUGUUAAGAGAUUCCAAAGUGUUACAAAGAAACCAACAGCACAAUGUCUUAACAAUGGGGUGAGUUGCAACUUCAGUGUUAAACUUUUAAGAUAAGUUCAAGUGUAACUGAAGUAAUACUAUCGUUUACAGAUAACCGUGUAGGGUAAACGCCAUAGAACAUAUUUGUUGGUUAUAACAAGUUAAAUUGUUUAGUUAAUAAUGCACAGGAGCCUCGAAACAAAUGUAAGAAACGGCUAAUAAAUAUAAGUGGUAUAGCCACCUAGUAAAGACGAGAACUGAAAAUUAAGCCAUUAGUUAACACACACACACACACAGUUCUUGCUUCUAUCAUAAACUCGGUGUUACUGAGUAAUAAUGUAAAAACGAUUCAAGUCUUUGCCUUUUCGAUGUGUUGAUACUAGAGUACGUAAUUCUGAACAAGUAGUGAUAAACGCAGUGUAAUUGAAAAUCUGUCCUUAUUGUAAAGGAUAUUUAUAGAAGUAGAGAAUAAUGUUUGUAAUUAAAUUGUGAAAUAACAGCCACAAAACAAUUAGGCUUAUGAAAGUAGAGGUAAUACACAAGUUGUACUAUACGUGUUGGUUAUAUUAAUUAAUCAUCGUUAUGUACGUCUCAGUGAACUUGUCGUUGACUAAGCUUAUGUGCUUCCUUUUGUGUAACUUUUAAUUAUUAAGUACACGUUUCAACCAUUCUUGUAGCUGAAAAAUGUAUUUGCAUACUGUAAUAGUACAGUCACUUUUUUGACUUUACUUAAGAAUCGUUUUUAUGUGUAAUUAUUUUAUACUUUUUGAAGGUUUCAUGGUUCCAUCAAUAAAAAGUAGCAUGAAAUAUUUGAAAAUUGUUGUCAAAAGGUCUUAAAUCUUUGGCUCACAAAGAUCAGUGUCAGUUUAACAAAGCUUGAGCCCAACAUGCUGUUCUUUAUAAAGACAUGAUCUCAAAAGUAACAGGGUAUAUAGCUUAUUGUGUUAAAUGUAAACUAGUUUGAAUGGCCGUUGGUUGUUCUCAAGAAAGCUACAUCUGUUAAUCUUAUCUGUCAGAUGGGUAGGUAUGAUGUCAACUAGCAUAAAGCUUUGUAUGUUUGUUUUUAUAUUUUAAUAGUUAUGACUAUGGCAUUUAAAUUAAAAAUACAACAGCUAACUUUUGUGUAGUUUAAUAAGAGCUAACGGAGCAUCACAGCCAUCCAAGUGUUAAAAUAUAACUUUGUACUACACACAGUGUAAGUACAGAAGCGGUGUGUGAGAAGUGAUCUGAAAAUGUAUAGUUUUUUUUUUUUAUUGUUAUUCAAUUAAAAUAAACUGGUUGCUACAUCUUAAGAGUGGUUAUUGUAUACACAUACACCUUAAUAUUAUAUUGACUGUGUGGAAUAAAAUGUGUUAUUCCAAUUUAUUUUUUAACCUUUUUCCUAGUUGACCAAUACCCACCUUUUUCAUAUACAGUUUGGAAUCAUUCUCAUCUUGAUUUCAUUGUUUCAGUAAAAACAAACAGGGGAGUUUUCUUUAAAUUACUUCAAUCAAUCCAGUGUCUGAUUUUUAAUUCCUCCAACCCAUGAGAAAGUAAACCCUCUAUCUGAUUGUUCUGUAUUAACAGAUAAAAGCUUGUGUUAGAAACUAUAUCCUCUCUUUUAUGGUGUUGUGUCAGAGUGGUUUCAUUUCUUGAAGUACAGAUGUAUUAUUGGAAAUGUUUUUUGUGCUUUUUUUCUGCAAAAGAGCAGUUUUUACAUUCAGCCGUGUUUUUUUUUUAUUAUUGCAAAUGAAUAAAGAUUU